AUGGCCAACGAAACCCCCAAAAACAUCCGCCCCCUCAAACGCUUCAUAACAACCCACAAUGAAACGGGCAAAGCAAUCUUCUCAAACGACCUCCCGGAGUUAAUGCCUGUCCAAAGAAUAACCGACGGCGCCGACUUCAGCCUAGCCUACACAUCAGACCACUUUCCCGCGCAACUAAACAACAAAACGGACAUAACCGAAUACUCAAACUACCUGACGAGCCCACCAGGCAUAGUCGUCUCAGGCGGAACAGUCUGCCGGAUUGUGGAUAUGCUCCCUGGAGCCCUGAGUCCCAUGCACCGCACCGUAUCUCUGGAUUACGGUGUCGUCCUCGAAGGCGAGGUUGAGCUCGUGCUUGAUUCGGGUGAAGUGCGGCUGCUCAAGCGUGGCGAUGUUGCUGUGCAGCGUGGGACGAAUCAUGCUUGGAGAAAUGUCACUCCUGAUGUUGUUGAUGAGAAUGGUGUGAAGACUGGUCAGUGGGCUAGGAUGUUGUAUGUUCUCCAGCCUUCGGAGGAGAUUGAAAUUGAUGGACGUCGAUUGGGGGAGGUUGUUGAUGGUAUCGGUGUUCGGGCUAGUACUUGA